AUGUAUUCUGAUCAAUAUAAUCAACAACAAAAACAACAGCAGAACCAGAGGAAUGGAUUCGUCCAACCUCCUGCUCAGUUCAGCUCGAACUACAUGAGAGCUCAGAAUUCUCAACAAUCUUUGCAACAACAACUAUACGAACAGCAAUAUCAACAACAACAACAACAACAACAAGCCCAGGCUCAACAACAACAAGAAUAUUAUCAACAGCAGCAAUACUAUCAACAACAGCAACAACAAGCUCAAGCUCAAGUUCAAGCUCAACAACAACAAGCUCAACAGCAAGCCCAGCAACAACAAUUCAUGAAGAUGCAAAACACCAUGCCUCCUCCAGCUGUUCCAAUGAAUAUACCGUCAACACCUCCAAAUGCAUAUCAAUCACCAUAUUCAACUUCACCAGGUCAAUUAAGUAAUUUUAGUUCAACUUCAUUGCAUCAACAAGCUCAUCAACAACCUCCUCAAAGUCCUAAAUUUCAUCAACCUCAAGUCCCAGCAUCACCAACAAGAUCCAUUAGAAGUAAUCAUUUAACUCCAGUUUAUUCGAAUACAAGUUCUUUAGCAUCGAAAAGUAAUCUUGAUUUAUCAAGUACUUUAAAUAAUAAUGGCAUUGGUAAUAAUAAUGUUAAAAUCCAACCAAAUCCACCUCAACCAACUCAACAAUCAAAUAGUAAUUAUGUUUAUUUUGAAAGAAGACCAGAUGUUUUCAAAAAACAUACACAAGAUAAAGCAGCUGCAGUAAAAUUAAGAUUAGAAAAUUUUUAUCAAAUGUCUGUUACUCAUGCAGUUGAAAGAAAUCAAAGAAGAGUUGAUUUAGAACAUAAAUUACAAAAUGAUGAAGGAUCAGAAGAACGUAAAAAUCGUCAAUUACAAAGUCUUGGUAGAAAAGAAUCACAAUUUUUAAGAUUAAGAAGAACAAGAUUAUCUCUUGAUGAUUUUGAAACUGUUAAAGUUAUUGGUAAAGGUGCUUUUGGUGAAGUUAGAUUAGUUCAAAAAAAAGAUACUGGUAAAAUUUAUGCUAUGAAAACUCUAUUAAAAUCUGAAAUGUAUAAAAAAGAUCAAUUAGCUCAUGUUAAAGCUGAAAGAGAUGUUUUAGCUGGUAGUGAUUCUCCAUGGGUUGUUUCAUUAUAUUAUUCAUUCCAAGAUGCUCAAUAUUUAUAUUUAAUUAUGGAAUUUUUACCAGGUGGUGAUUUAAUGACUAUGUUAAUUAGAUGGCAAAUUUUCACUGAAGAUAUUACAAGAUUUUAUAUGGCUGAAUGUGUUUUAGCAAUUGAAGCUAUUCAUAAAUUAGGUUUUAUUCAUAGAGAUAUUAAACCUGAUAAUAUUUUAAUUGAUAUUCGUGGUCAUAUAAAAUUAUCAGAUUUUGGUUUAUCAACAGGUUUCCAUAAAACUCAUGAUUCAAAUUAUUAUAAAAAAUUAAUGGAUCAAGAUAAUAAAAAUUUACAACAACCUCAACCUUUACAACAACCAGGUUCAAGAAAUACAAUGAUGGUUGAUGCAAUUCAUUUAACAAUGUCAAAUCGUCAACAAAUUCAAACUUGGAGAAAAUCAAGAAGAUUAAUGGCAUAUUCUACAGUGGGGACACCAGAUUACAUUGCGCCAGAAAUUUUCAUUCAUCAAGGUUAUGGACAAGAAUGUGAUUGGUGGUCAUUAGGUACAAUUAUGUUUGAGUGUCUUGUUGGUUGGCCACCAUUUUGUUCAGAAACUCCACAAGAAACUUAUAGAAAAAUUUUAAAUUUUCAAGAAACUUUACAAUUUCCUGAUGAUAUUCAUUUAAGUCCAGAAGCUGAAAAUUUAAUUAGAAGAUUAUUAACCCAUUCAGAUCAUAGAUUAGGUAGACAUGGAGGAGCUGCAGAAAUUAAAAGUCAUCCAUUUUUCAGAGGUGUUGAUUGGGAUACUAUAAGAAAUGUUGAUGCACCAUUUAUUCCAAAAUUGAAAAGUAUUACAGAUACAAGAUUUUUCCCAACUGAUGAAUUAGAAAAUGUACCAGAGAAUCCAGCAUUAAUUAAAGCUGAAAGACAAAGAGAACAAAAUAAUGUUCCAAAUUCAUCAGGUGAUAGUAAAGAAGAUUUACCAUUUAUUGGUUAUACAUAUUCAAGAUUUGAUUAUUUAACAAGAAAAAAUGCAUUAUAA